AUGGCAACUAUCAAUGUAGCAGACAUUGGCCUAAUCUUUCAUUCAGUUUUGUCAAAUAGUCAUGGUGAUGACGUCGAACUGCAGGGUGCUGACGUGGAGGAUGGUGCAUCACUUAAAGUCAGAGAGGUUAAAGAAAGAGUGCGAUUAAAAAUAGGUAACAAUUUUGACAAGCAAGUUUUUGAUUCUCUUGUGGAUGAAAUAGUGAAAACGAACAUGCCUUUAUGUCUAAAAGCAUUGAAGGAGUUGGAGGAAAAGGUGUUACUUCAACAUCCCCCAACAUUCCAAAUUACAGGUGAUAACUUGGAUCUUAUGGUGAAAGUGAAACACAUGUCAGUAUCCAAUCAAAACAAUAGCAUCCACUGGGUUAACUUAAAUGCAGUGAAAAAUCGUGUGUUGGCAAACCAUCUAUCCAAUGACAAUCCUGUCAAGUCUGUUCUAGAAUUGGAGAAGGUGGAAUUUUUGCCAUCGCCUGAAGACAACGAAGCAUAUCUCCAGAACAUAACUGCCUUAGCAACACGUGUAGUUGUAAGGAAUAUCCCCGCAUUCUCACAAUUUAAAGACAUUGUUGUAAAGCAUAUUCUUCAUGAGUAUUCUGAUGUGAUGAAAGAAAAAUCAGAUCAAGUAAGUAUUCAUUUAAUAUUUUCUUCAUAUUAAGGCUGAUUAUACAGUAUGUGAAGUGUUAGUUAAUAACAAUUUAUCAUUGUACCAGCUUUUAAGGUUUUCAAGCAUACAAUUUAUGGUCAUGGUGCCUAUUUAAACCUUGGGGGAUGGACUAAGAAAAUAAAUAAGGCCUCCGAUUUGUAAAUAUUCAACUUCGAAUAAGGGACUAUGCUAGAUUACUAAAAUACUGUGAAUUCUAUAAACAAAAAAGCUAUUACAUUAUUGCAUAAAACUGUCUUACAACUUAUGAAAAACGGCCAUAGACUAAUAGAAAGAGGCUGUGAGUGAGUGGUCUAUCAGCACCCUGCUGGCCCCCACCAUCUUACUGUUGCUCCUUGCCAAACAGAAUACAUAACCUAAUUUCAGAAAAGAUUUACAAAUUGCCCCCUUCAAUUUUCUUAGCUGGAGCACAACCUUGCUAUUCAACUCAUGCUGGAUGUUAAUAUUUUUUUUAUUGAUAGAAAGAGAAUAAUGAAAUCUCAUCUUCAUUUCCAGUUUACUGCAGCUACCACUUGAACUUCUUUUCAAAAAUGAAAAUGUGAAUGAAGAGAUAAUUGACAUCCUUCAAGAGCUGCAUGACAAGUACCUACCUGUCGACAAGCAGACAGUUGAAGCAGAAGAGGUUGUAUCCAUUCUGGAGCACCUAUUUAUUGGAGGACAACUGACUGAUGAAAGGGCCAACAACUGUAAGGCUGCACGCAGUGAUGGCGAUACCGAAUUUGAACGUCUUGAGGGCUUUAUCAGCAAAGUUUAA